AUGUCUUUUUGGUCAUCAUUUUUGAGGGCCUUUCUUCACGGCCACGAUGACAAUAUCAGUCCUACAUCAUUGUCAGUUUCCCGGGCGUCAGUGAUUCGAAGCCACCAACCGUCUAUCUUUUCACCCUCCAUCGCCAUCAACAUCAUACAACACCGGCUGUCCGUGCAAACAGUGGUCACUGCUUUUUAUUUAUUAGUUUGUUUCUAUCAUUCAUCUAUCUAUCUAUCUAUCUAUCUAUCUAUGCCUUUAUCUAUCUAUCUAUCUAUCUAUCUAUCUAUCUAUCUAUCUAUCUAUCUCAGUCUUGUCCUUAUCUAUCUAUCUAUCUAUCUAUCUAUCUAUCUAUCUAUCUCAGUCUCGUCCUUAUCUAUCUAUCUAUCUAUCGCAGUCUGGUCAUUAUCUAACUAUAUCAGUUGCUUCGUAUCUAUUUUUCUUUCUGUGUGUCUGUCGAUCAAUCCUAAUCACGUUCUCACAAUAAAUCUAUCUAUCUAUCUAUCUAUCUAUCUAUCUAUCUAUCUAUCUAUCACCUAG